AGUCGCGGGAGUGGGUGGAGGGCCCGGGCGCUCCGGCCUCAGCAGCCGGAGCCAACUUGCGCUAGAGUCGGGCCCGCCCCCUAAGGGGUUAAUCCUUUUCUCAUGUUACCGAGCGGCUUAUAAGGAGGGGGAGGCCAAGCCUCCGCCUUAUUGGGAGCCUUUUGGGGUUUAUUCUCUUCCCUUCUAACUUGGUGAGUUGGUUUAUUAUUUUACAUGUUUAAAAGUUUGAUUGUGGGGUGUGGGUUGUUUUUUUAAAAAUAUGUGUUGGGGCCUUUUUUUGGGAUGGGAGGCGGAGGAGACCACUGAACAUCUUCACAUUUUGGAGAGGUUAUUCCCAAAAAUAUUCGCUCUGACAGUUAGGAAUGCCCAGGGCCACCGGGAUGACGCGCUCGCGCCGAUGUGGGUAGCUGAGAGUUGAAUGUCCGUGACCCUGGUACAGUUGGGUCCCGGAAGAUACCUAAAGGCACGCCUGGCCUUUGAGUGCCCCCUGCCCCGGGUUGGGGGCUCCGGGACGUCGGAAGAGUCGGGGGCUCCGGGCUCAGCCCCUCCGCGGAUUUUCCGCAUGAAGUUGCCUGCGCGUCGCAGGAGCGAAAUGUCAGAGAUUGAGAAUGACCCAAAAUAAAUUAAAGCUUUGUUCCAAAGCCAACGUGUAUACUGAAGUGCCUGAUGGAGGAUGGGGCUGGGCGGUCGCUGUUUCAUUUUUCUUCGUUGAAGUCUUCACCUACGGCAUCAUCAAGACAUUUGGUGUCUUCUUUAAUGACUUAAUGGACAGUUUUAAUGAAUCCAACAGCAGGAUCUCAUGGAUAAUCUCAAUCUGUGUGUUUGUCUUAACAUUUUCAGCUCCCCUUGCCACGGUCCUGAGCAAUCGUUUCGGACACCGUCUGGUGGUGAUGUUGGGGGGGCUACUUGUCAGCACCGGGAUGGUGGCCGCCUCCUUCUCACAAGAGGUUUCUCAUAUGUACGUCGCCAUCGGUAUCAUCUCUGGUCUGGGAUACUGCUUUAGUUUUCUCCCAACUGUAACCAUCCUAUCACAAUAUUUUGGCAAAAGACGUUCCAUAGUCACUGCAGUUGCUUCCACAGGAGAAUGUUUCGCUGUGUUUGCUUUCGCACCAGCAAUCAUGGCUCUGAAGGAGCACAUUGGCUGGAGAUACAGCCUCCUCUUCGUGGGCCUACUACAGUUAAACAUUGUCAUCUUCGGAGCACUGCUCAGACCCAUCAUCAUCAGAGGACCAGGGUCACCGAAAACAGUCAUCCAGGAAAAUCGGAAAGAAGCGCAGUAUAUGCUUGAAAAUGAGAAAACACGAACCUCAAUAGACUCCAUUGACUCAGGAGUAGAACUAACUACCUCACCUAAAAAUGUGCCUAGUCACACUAACCCGGAACUGGAGCCGAAGGCUGACAUGCAGCAGGUCCUGGUGAAGACCAGCCCCGGGCCGAGUGAAAAGAAAGCCCCGCUGUUAGACUUCUCCAUUUUGAAAGAGAAAAGUUUUAUUUGUUAUGCAUUAUUUGGUCUCUUCGCAACACUGGGAUUCUUUGCACCUUCCUUGUACAUCAUUCCUCUGGGCAUUAGUCUGGGCAUUGACCAGGACCGCGCUGCUUUUUUAUUAUCUACGAUGGCCAUUGCAGAAGUUUUCGGGAGGAUCGGAGCUGGUUUUGUCCUCAACAGAGAGCCUAUCCGUAAGAUUUACAUUGAGCUCAUCUGCGUCAUCUUAUUGACUGUGUCUCUGUUUGCCUUUACUUUUGCUACUGAAUUCUGGGGUCUAAUGUCAUGUAGCAUAUUUUUUGGGUUCAUGGUUGGAACAAUAGGAGGAACCCACAUUCCACUGCUUGCUGAGGACGAUGUCGUGGGCAUUGAGAAGAUGCCUUCUGCAGCUGGGGUCUACAUCUUCAUUCAGAGCAUAGCAGGACUGGCUGGACCGCCCCUUGCAGGUUUGUUGGUGGACCAAAGUAAGAUCUAUAGCAGAGCCUUCUACUCCUGUGCAGCUGGCAUGGCCCUGGCUGCUGUGUGCCUCGCCCUGGUGAGACCGUGUAAGAUGGGACUGUGCCAGCGUCAUCAUUCAGGUGAAACAAAGGUAGUGAACCAUCGUGGGAAGACUUUACAGGACAUUCCUGAAGACUUUCUGGAAAUGGAUCUUGCAAAAAAUGAGCACAGAGUUCACGUGCAGAUGGAGCCAGUAUGACACACUUACUCACAACAACAGCCACUGUGUUGGCUGGAGAGGGAUGGGGUGGGCCCGACGGGGACACAAGGAGGUAGAGGAGCUAACCCCUCUACUCCACUUUCAAAACUACAUUUUAAAGGGAAUGUGUAUGUGAAGAGCACUACGAACAUCGUGUUUGUUUUGUUUUGUUUUAAGCUUUCCUUUUUGCUUGUUUUUAAAGCCAAAACAAAAAACAACCAAGCACUCUUCCAUAUGUAAAUCUGGCUGUAUUCAGUAGCAAUACAAAAGAUAUAUAGAAAGACUCUUUGGUUCACAUUCCAAUAUUAAAAUAGUGACAUGAACUGGCAAAGUGGUUUUAAAAGCUUUCACGUGGGACAAAUGAUUUUCUUUCUUUCUUUUCUUUCUUCCUAUGGUCUUGUCUGAAUAAACUACUGUCUUGAAUAAAACAACAUCCAACCCAGGUCAUUGAAAUGAAAUUGGCCAGUCAAAAAAAAAAAAAGACUUAAAUCAUUUAAAAAAUUCCUAAUUUUCAGAAAUAUUGAAUAAAUAGUUUUUGUUAAACCUUUUGUAAAAUACCAAGGCUCCCAUUAACAAAUUACGGCCUCUGCUUGCUGGAGAUGAAGUAUAGUUGAAGACCAAACAUUUUACUAAUAAACAAAUUUUAAGUAUAUACAUAACUUGAACUUCAUAAAUGUGAAGAUUACCACUUCUUUUUAUGGCCAGUCCUUACCAGAAGUAUUUCAGUACAGAAUAUACAAAAUGGCAUUUAAAAAUGUGUUUCCUGUUGCUUUUAGUUAUACAGAAAUAUGUGACUGUAGUGUCUUUAAUUUAAACCACUAUUUAUUAUUAAGUUAUUCUAGGAUGAUUAAAGUAAUCAAAAAAAAAUUGGAGACAUAAGCAGCAUUUUUACCUCCUUUCUGCAAUCCUUUAAAUGACUCACAGAAUACAUCUUAUCUUGUAAAAAUACUUUCAUAAACGGCCAAGUUGUCAUGAUUCUUCCAUUUGAUUAGGGGCAACGUGUGCUAUUAAAGGGGAAAAAAUACUGGAUAGCAAAUCGCCUUAGCUUUCAAAAAUAAUUUGUUUUAUCAUCUAAGAAUACUUGAGGAACUUCUUUGAUCAGAAUUAUAUUUCAUUGAACUCUUAAAGCAUUUCUGAUUUAAAGAAAAAACCAUCUAAUUGUUGAAGGAUUUCUGUAUUUCACAGGGGGGUAACAGAGACAAUUACGUUAUAGUGAGUUACAAGUUGCAAUUUACAUCUUCUAUAACUUGAUUGCUCUAAGUUGCCAGAGGUAUCGGGUAGCUGGUCAUUGUUUUUUUUUUUGUUUUGGUUUUUGUUUGUUAUUCUUUCUUUUUUUUUCUUUUGGAGUUACACUACAUGUAUAGUAUUGCUCACGUUAGCAGUUUUCUGUAAAGAGGGCAAGUGUCGGGAUAAUAGGUGGACUUUUUACUCACCUAUUUUACCACAAUCUCACCCUGCAGGUGAUGGUCAAUGCUUGCUGCUCCAUCUUUAUUCAUCGUUAAUGUUAAUUUAUGACAACUCAGGGGGAAAACCAUAACAAGCCUAGUUUGGUUACAGGUACACACAAGCUUGAAUAUUUCUCUGCACUGAAAUGAAAAGUGGCAUAGUUCAUCACCACCUGCUACAAUCUGUAGAGCAUCUUAUCAGCCAUAGAAAUAGGACAAUCUAUAAAACUUCGGGGAGGGUGGGGGAGGAAAUGACAAAGUGUCUGUCAAAAACAGACAUACCUAAAACAAGGUGGAUGUAGCAAAUCUCUGUCACUGCUUGAGAAGAACUUUGAGCUUGUGGCAGUUUUGCAGACUUAACAUGACUUCAGCACUUUACAACAUAUUUUUUACUAUGAAUGUUCAAUACAAUUUAAUAUUUAUAACUGAUUUCUGAGGGAUCUGCUCCAUGUCUAUUCUGUUAUCUGCAUGAAAGCAAAAUGUAUGCCAAUUUCAAUAUGUCAAUAAUCAAGGUUUUAAAUGUUUGGAAGAAAAUACAAACAAGAUUGCUGAUUUGUUCUGUAUUAGUGACAUUCUGGUACUUCUAGAUUUGCAAUAAAUUUAUGGAUUUUUUAUUUAAAGAGA